GUGGUAGGGUUAAAACUUAAGAGAUUCAUGCACUAACGAGUCCCGUUCAUCCCAGGAGGCUACCUAAAACGAGCUACGUCUUGCUGCUAGUCCACGUGGCGAGAAACAAACGAUCUCAAUUUGCCCCGCGGAGCAUGGCAACCUGCGUUCCCCCCGGGCAACAAAGGCCCCCCAACCAACUCUCCUCCGACGCAGGCCUCCUCAUCGCCGGUCUUUGCCUUUAUGCUCUUGUGAGUCGGGAACCGCGGUCGGGUCGAAUCGGACUGGAAGGAAGGGGGUGGGAAUCACUGGUCAACGAUGACGGAGGCGGUGAUUCGGAAGAAGCCGGGGAUGGUGAGCGUGAAGGAGAUGCCGGUGCUCCAGGACGGGCCGCCGCCGGGGGGUUUCCCUCCGGUGAGGUACGCGCGGCGGAUCCCCAACAAGGGCCCCAGCGCCGCCGCCAUCUUCCUCACCGCUUUCGGUGCAUUCUCCUGGGGUAUGUACCAAGUGGGCAAGGGCAACAAGAUCCGUCGUGAGCUCAAGGAAGAAAAAUAUGCUGCUCGCAGAGCAAUACUGCCCAUGCUUCAAGCAGAAGAAGAUGAAAGAUUUGUGAAAGAAUGGAAGAAAUAUCUGGAAGAGGAGGCCAGAAUUAUGAAGGUUGUGCCUGGGUGGAAGGUUGGUGAGAGUGUGUACCACUCUGGGCGGUGGGUGCCACCAGCAACUGGUGAACUCCGACCAGAUGUAUGGUGAGAGGAUGCAGUACGUGCUCUCGAUUUCAUCUGGAUCAUCUAAAUUUGAGUUCUCUGGUUAUUCAAUUUGGUUGGAGCCUUGACUCCAUCCAACAUGUCAGCGUUCGAAAUUUCUAGUCCUUGUAAACACCUCCUGCUUGGACAGUCGGAAGGGUUUGCCCAAUUAAUAAAACCUCAACACACAAUAACUCUCUUAUCUCGCAAUAAUUUU